AUGUCUGACCAACUCACUGCUUUGUCCUCUCUUAUCUCUAAUGGCAUCACGGAGAUCGCCAAGAAGUAUGCAGAACGUGGCCAGAGUUACCCCAUCCUCGCCGACCCCGCCGCCGGGGACGGUAUCAUGGACGAUGCGGACAUCACUAAGGCCACAAACACUGUGCUUGCAGCAGCAGCACAACUCAUAGAAACUCUUCGUAAGCCCGCCGAUGUCUUAAUGGACACAGUCUAUGCUAUGCAUACUACGUCUGCACUGCGAGUGGCAGUGGAGACUGGUAUCGCGGAGCUCCUGAGAGAGGCUGGACCUGAUGGUCUCCAUAUCAAAGUAAUAGGGGAUAAAGUGGGAGUAGACGGUGACAAACUAGGUCGCUGCCUGCGUUUCCUCUCUGCCCGCCACAUUUUCAAGGAACUCGCUCCUGAUGUCUUCGCUAAUAAUCGGCACUCUGCCGUGCUUGAUACAGGCAAACCUUACGAAGCUAUUCAGAACCGCCCUCUGGACAGGUUCGAGAAUGCUCAACGAAACAUGGCCGCUUUCGUCUCUCACGCAUCGGCGGAGCCGUUUGCGAAGGGUGCCAUGUGCUUGACGGACUAUCUGCUGGACCCAGAAUCGUCCUUUUCCAUUGAUCCAGCCAUCACCCCAGUUUCUCGUGGACACGGUCAGAAUAUAGCUUGGUUCGAGUAUAUCGAGCAGCCUGGGAACGAACGUUUGCUGAAGAACAUGGGGGCGGCGAUGGCUGUCAGUGCUUCUUUGUUCCCCAAAGAACUGGUUCUCAGCACUUUCGAUUGGGACUCCCUGAAAAAAGGUGAUCUGGUUGUUGACGUUGGCGGAGGCAUUGGAUCGUGCACGCUUCCACUUGCUCAGGGCUUCCUCCAUCUCCGAUAUGUGAUUCAAGAUCGUCCGUCUGUCAUUCCUCAAGGAUUUAAAUAUUGGGCAUCCGAGUUCCCAGCAGCAAUAGAGACGGGAAUGGUCCAACUCCAGGCCCAUGACUUCUUCCAGCCCCAGCCCAUCAAGGAUGCCUCUGUCUUCCUGUUGAGAUUCGUUAUCCACGACUGGGCCGACAAGUAUGCGAAGGAGAUCAUGUGUCUUCUCCGUGCCUCAGCAACUCCGAGGACGAAACUCUUGCUCCUUGAAUUCGUCGUUCCGUACACUUGUAACGCAGGCGCUGAUGGGAAAGGGAAGUAUUCCUACGUCCCUGGCGCGGAAGAUGACCAACCUCCGUACCCUCUACUCCCUUCAAUGGGACCGGUCUCGUCUCAUGUCUACUUCGCCGAUUUACGGAUGAUGGCCAAUUGCAACUCUCCGGAGCGCACCAUCGGACAGUGGGUGGACCUCGCCGAAGGAACGGGUUGGAAGUUGGAGUCUGUCAAGAAGGGAGCAUUGUCGGCAUUGGUCUACGGAGUUGCAUAA